CUGGGGUGGUAUAUAUACCGCCACUGGGGACCGCCCGACUACACCGCUCAUUCCCUUUGACGGCAUCUUCGCUUGCACUCAGACUCUAACUACUGACAUCUUCAAGCAUCAUUCCACUCACCCCACGGGAUAUACAACCAAAUACAAACAAAAGCUAACUCAACAACAAUAACAAUUAACAAUGGGUCUCUUCAACAAAACUCCCGCCGAGAAAGAGGAGAAAAUCUUGCACAAGGAGGCCAAACACGAUGACAGCGCUGUCAAGCACGCUCUGAAGGACGUCGCCUCGGCUGAGAAGGCUGAGCACCAUACUGCUAAGGAGCACACCGCUGCCAUCAAGGCUCACGCCAAGGCUGUCGAGACUGAGCACAAGCUGGCGGCCAAAUUGAAUCAGCUGCAGCACGAGCACGAGGCUGCUCUGAGCCGAGAGCAAAAGUUGGCCAAGGAUAUCCAACUCAAGGAUCAGCACCACUUGGAGGCUGAGCAGACGAUCGCCGCCAAGAAGAAGGCUCUUGAACAGGUUCAGCACAAGCACGACAUCAACAACGCGACUCGAAGCGAAAAGCUUCAUCAGCUCGAGUCCGUUGGAUCGCACCCGACUGGUACCACUGGUACUACCGGUAUGGCUCCCGGAACUACAGGAUACGGAAACGAGCCAGUCGGCACCGGUGUCGGUGGAGGACCUGGCUACACCACGGCUGCCCCUGCUGCUCGAUGAGCGAUUCCUUUCGCCUUGUCGUCCCCCGUCCUGUUUCUCGUCUGCACCUACGAUUUCCACACCACGAUACCUUUGUACGCUCUCCAUUGAUUCUCCGCACUGGACUAUAAUACUAUUCUUGAAUCUGCCUGCGAACUGUCUUUUUCGGAGAUGCACGAAACCCAACGG